AUGUGGUUAUCAAAAGAUAAAGUUUUUGCAUUAAAGUAUCAAGCACCUGAUGAAAAUUUUACCAGUGGGAUUAGUUGGGAUGAAUUGUUGGAUCCUAAACAAUCUGAACUAGCAUCUAAAUGGUUCCAAGAUUUAAAAGAUUUACUAAAAAUAAAAAUACCAAGAUGCAUUCAACAACAAAAUCAAUGUAUAGUGAUACUUUCACUUCACGCAUUUACAGAAGCUUCCGGAAUCGCAUAUGGAGCUGUAACUUAUGCAAAAUGUCAAUAUAGAAAUGGCGAGGUUUCUAUUGACCUUAUUGCAGCCAAAUCGCCUUUAUCCGCAUUAAGCAUCCCACGAUUAGAACUAUGUGGUGCAGUUUUGGGAUUAAGAUUAAGUCACAGUAUUGCAGCAACUUAUAAAAUUGAUUUUAAAGAAGUGACAUUUUGGACCGACAGCAAUGCUAUUAGCCACAAAAUGAAUGUGAUUCAUUUUGUGGCUAAUAAAAUGGCUAAUGAUGCCUUUUUUGGUUAA